UUUCCUUUCUCCUUCUCUCUCUCGUUUCGCUUGGGCGAUGUCAUCUGCCAAAAAGAGCACUAAGAGAAGACGGCCGGAGCAGACGAUCAUGAAGCCAAAGCCGAAGCCGAGUGCAGAACUCCACGACGAUCUCGAUCUCGACGUUUCCAGCGAUCUGAAAGGCAUCAUGUCGGCUCUGCAGCAAAUCAGAGAGAAAGCGCAUGAGGAUGGUCGGAAGAAGAAGGAAGAGACCAUCUCGAGCGUGGCCUCUGAGGUAAAGUCAAAGAUCGACGAGUUGAAGUCAAAACUCGAGAAAGAAAGACAGAGCUUUGCCAAAGCACUUACCAAGAGCUCGAAAGAGUGUGAGAAUAUCUUGAAGGAUGAAACUGCCAAGUUUCAGGAGCUUUAUCACAAAUUCUGCAAAGAUAAGGACGGUCAUAUGCAGAGUUUGAAGGAAACCAUUUCCAAGUUUGAGGAGGACAAGGAGAGGCUAUACACGCGAUACGAGCAACUAAGGAAGAAGGAGAAAGCAAUGAUAUCAGAACAGGAGGACUUCUGCGCCAAGAAGAUCGCUCAGCUGGAAGACUCCUUGAAGAAAAAGAAACAGGAUGACAAGACAUUCAGCAUCCUGAGAAAGACCCUCGGCACGUUUCUAGACAAUCCAUCUGAUGAGGAGUUCUCGCCUGAUGCCUGAAGAAUCAUCAUCACGGCUUCAGCCGAUCA